GUUUCUGGUGACAAUAGUAUCAACUGAGCCCUUUAACUCAUUUAUCCAGCUUGACUGUUAAUAGGUCCUACCUCCCCCACACUAAGACACAUCUGUGGUGUGAGUAUGAAGCCUGAGAACAGGUGUCUGCCAUGGGAGGAGACCUUCUGACCUGAGAUCUGCACCAGAAGCUCGAGAGCCCUGGGCAGGAGUGGAUUCUGCAUCUGUAGACCAUCUUGACCAGUCCUUCCCAGAGCCGGCAAGACCCAAAUGACAUCUCAACCUUGAAAUACCAGUGAUAGCAGUGUGACAUGGAGCCGUUGACCCAGAUGAUUCGGGGAAGAGCUUGGUGUUCCCAGGACUCUGCACUUUGCCAGGAGGAAGAGGACAUGACCAGACCUUUUAAAACAGUGACAUUCAAGGAUGUGGCUGUGGACCUCACCCAGGAGGAAUGGCAGCAAAUGAAGCCUGCCCAGAGGAAUUUGUACCGAGAUGUGAUGCUAGAGACCUACAGCAACCUAGUAACAGUAGGUUGUCAAGCCACCAAACCAGAUGUCAUCUUCAAGUUGGAGCAAGAAGAGGAGCCAUGGGUGCUGGAGGAAGAAAUGUUUUGGAGACACUCUCCAGAAGCCAGAAGAGGAGGAAAGAAGAGUUUUACAUCGAAAGCCAUGACCAAGGGCUUGGAGUUCAAAGAUGUGGUCAUUUACUUCUCUGUAGAGGAGUGGGAGUGCUUGCACCAUUCCCACAGAAAUUUGUACCAGAAUGUAAUGUUGGAGAAUUAUAGCAACCUGAUUUCACUAGGUCUUGCUGACACUAAGCCAAGAGUGAUCUCCCUUUUAGAGCAGGGGAAGGAGCCCUGGAUGGCUAUGAGGAAUGGGACAAAAGAAUGGCAUCCCGAUUGGGUGUCUGGAAGAGAAGGCAAGAAUUUACUUCCAAAGGACGGCUACAAAAUUAGAUCAUUGCAACAAAAGAUGGCAAAAAAACAAACACACCUCAACGUUGAGGACAGCAGGGUUAGAGGUAACAGAAAAAACACAGGUCAUUUGGAGAGGCAACAAGACCAUCAGGAGGGACAUUUGAGACAAGCUGUAGUGACCUCUGUCGAGAGGCCCAGUUCCAUCCAGUGCACAGCCCACAAAGAAGCUCACCCUAGAGAAAAACCCUGUGAAUGCAAGAAAUGUAAGAAAACGUUCAUGUGCCAAUCAUGUCUCACUGAACACGAGCAAAUUCACAAAAAGGAAAAGAGCAUUGGGUGUGCACAAUGUGGGAAAGUCUUUAACUGUAGGUCAGACUUAGUCAUGCAUCAAAGACUUCAUGACAGCAAAAAAGGCAGCGAAAAUAAGAAAAGUGUCCUUAUUUGUGGUUCUGAUGUUUCGAAACCUCAGAGUGCUCACAGUAGUGAGAAGCCUCAUAAGUGUCGGGAAUGUGGGAAAGGGUUCCAUUCUACCUCCCAGCUCAGUCACCAUCAGAAGCUGCAUAUAGGUGAGAAGCCCUACAAGUGUCAGGAGUGUGGGAAGGCUUUUCCAUCUGUUGCACAGCUCAGUCUUCACCAGAGGGUUCACACUGAUGAGAAGUGCUUUGAAUGUAAGGAAUGUGGGAAAGCCUUCACGCGCCCCUCACACCUUCUUCGUCACCAGCGAAUCCACACUGGUGAGAAGCCUCACAUGUGUAAGGUGUGCGGGAAGGCCUUUCGUUAUGACACACAGCUUAGUCUCCAUCAGCUAACUCAUGCUGGGGCGAGACGCUAUGAGUGUAAGGACUGUGACAAAGUGUAUAGCUGUGCCUCCCAGCUUACUCUCCAUCAGAUGGUCCACACUGGGGAGAAGCCCCAUAAGUGUAAGGAGUGUGGGAAAGGCUUUAUCUCUGAUUCCCAUCUCCUUCGACAUCAGAGUGUUCACACUGGGGAGAAGCCCUAUAAAUGUAAGGAAUGUGGCAAAGGCUUCCGUCGUGGCUCAGAACUUGUCCGACAUCAGAGAGCCCAUACUGGGGAUAAACCCUAUAAAUGUAAGGAAUGUGGGAAGUCCUUUACUUGUACCACAGAACUCCUGAGACAUCAAAAAGUGCACACUGGUGAUAGACCCCACAAGUGUAAGGAGUGUGGGAAGGCUUUCAUUCGCAGAUCAGAACUAACACAUCAUGAAAGAAGCCACAGUGGUGAAAAACCCUAUGAGUGUAAGGAAUGUGGGAAGACCUUUGGCCGUGGCUCUGAGCUUAGUCGACACCAGAAAAUCCACACUGGUGAGAAACCCUAUAAGUGCAAGCAGUGUGGGAAGGCCUUCAUUCGUGGAUCUCACCUUACCCAGCAUCAGAGAAUUCAUACGGGACAGAGGAGUGACUGAGAAACACUGCCAUCAGAGAGUUCAUACAGUUAAAAAUUCCUCUGAUGGCUAACAAAUUGGGAAAGCAGCAUCCUAGGGUUUCUCAUUAGCACUAGAUUCCAAACUCAGAGACCAGUUAGGGCCACAAAUGAUUGGACACUUGUCGCCAGUAAGAAACCUUACAAUUACGGAAAUUGGAGGUGACUUAAUUGUUCCAAAAUUGAUUUUAAGGCUUUAGUUUAUGAAAAAUUGGAAAGUCCCAUGAAUGUAAAGAAAAUAGAAAUGUCCUUUCAGUGAUCCAGAGCCAAAAUAUGCCUCAGGGAAUUCACACCAGGGCCAAACUAAGGAGGCAGUAAUAUCAGAGAAAUUAGUUGUUAGCCCUCAGAGGAAAGAAUCCAUAAUCACUGUACAAAUGGGGUCUCUCAUGCUUAAGGCCACACUUGUGCUGAAAAAUGUAGCACGUUCUUCAUUCAUGUCACUCAGAUUGUAUGAAAUAUUUUUUAAUUUAUUCUAUAAAAUGAAUCUCAACUGAGGAAGUGUGGGGAAGGACUUAACCAUGUUUACUUUUUGCUCACACUUUCUCAAGAAUUCCAGCAGGGUCAAUCACUUACUGACUGUUAAAUUCUUUUAUAAGUUGACAUUGUUAGCAUCAUGUAUCUAGUUGUACUGUGAGGAUGUGUUUAGUUUGUGGAAUAGCCCAAUUCAGCAGGGCAUGGUGGUGCAUGCUGUACACAAGCACCUGGAGCCAAAGGCAGGGAGGUCACAAGUCUGAGGCUAGCUUGAAGCAUAUCUCGAGGGAAAAAAUAAUUGCCAAAGAUAGUUGCUUUCUGUGUUAUUUUCAAAAUUGUGAACUUUUCUAUAACCACCGUAUAAAAGGAAAGCCUUACAUGUCCAGAGGUUGGAGGGACAUUUUGCAUUGACUGUUACAGAAUCAAUCCUUUUGGAGACAAACUGAAAGCUUUCAUUCAUACUUUGCCCUUCUGCCAGUCAGAAGGUUCAGUUUAGAUGCAGCCCAGUUGCUGGGAGGGGAGAUUUUGAUGACACAGUGUUGUGUAUGAGAUGAAGAUAAAAUUGAAAAGAAAUAGGCUGGUUGAAUGAGCAGAGACUGUAGGUUUUGCCUGUCUGCAGGCGUUACCAUUCCCCUCUGCCAACCACUGACAGUCAGGUCCUCCUAGCUGCGUGCUGGUCUCCUGUGUGACAGAGGAUCUGACCAGGAGUCCAUAGUGGGCUUUAGUAAUAAGACACAGGAGGAAAAUGGUCUUCUCAGCUGUAGGAAGCACAUGUCUGCCGACACGUGGCGCCUGAUUUGUGCUGCAAUAAAAAGGUUGUGAGGCUGAGACUAUUAUGGGAAUACAUUGUCAUUGACAUUGUGGCUUCAUGAAACCAUGAACUGCCCUUUCCCUGAACUUGCAGAAUAAGAAAUGCAUACAUUGACAAUUAAUACUCAGCUCUUUACAGUAUACCUAACUUGGAAAAUUACCAUUUAAAAGUAUUUUUACAUAUAGAUUCAGUUUCAAUAAGGUAGGGUGUUUAUAUAUAUUCAGCUUUUAUAGUAUAUCUGACAUAGAAAAACAUUAUUUUCCAAAGUAUUUUCUUAGCCAUAUUAUUAGAAUAUAUACUCACUUUUGAUUAAGUAAGAUGUAGGAUGUUUACUUAUAGCAUUUGAUAGUGUAUUUUUAUAUCCUGCUUUUUACAAUAUAUCUUAAAUCCUGGAAAAGUAUUGUUUUCCUGAAUGAAGUUAGAAUCAAGGAGAACCUGCUUAAGAAACUGCACUAAUUUCUCUUAAACUGAGUCAUGUGACAGCUAAAAAAAAAUCUUCUACCUCUUCAGGACACGAGGCACUCACAGCUGUGAAGGGAGCAAGCAUUUUGACCAAGUCAAGUAAGCUAUUUACAAACCCAUUGUACUUAAUGGAGGCUAUUCUGAUGAGACCAGCGAGUCCCGUCAGGAGCCAGUAAAGUGGUGCUUCGUGCAGAUGUGUUUGUAGACGUGCUAGUAAGUAGACAGACACCAGAGUAAUACAGCAGCCGGUGCCUGCUGUGAAGGGACAUUACCUCCCUGUCUACAGACUUCCAGCUAGUGACGUUUAUCUGCCUCACACUGUACAACAAUAAUGCAUGUGGAAAGCGAAACUGCUAUUUAGUAGGCAGACUACUGCAGAACCGUUUGUAACAAUUCAGGUAGUGAGUGGGUGUGUUGUAUGCACACGUGUGUGGAGGUCCUGCUUCAGGAGCCAUCCACUUUGGUUUUUUGAUACAGGGCCUCAUGAGGAGCUGGGGCUCACCAUUUAGGCUCAGCUGGCUGACCUGUGGUGCCCAGGGAGCCACGGGGCCCUGUACCCUUAGUGUUGGCAUUAAAGGCACAUCACUCGGCUUUUGGGAGACUUGGAGCUCAGGUCCUCAUGCUUGCACAGCAAGCACAUUACUGACCGAGCCGUCUCGCCAGCCCAUCAAGAUUGUUUUAAAAGGGAGAAAUGAUUACUGAAUUUUAAUCUGCACUGGUAUAUUAAUUUAAUAAAUCUAAAAAUUUAACUAUUCUAAAAAGAGAACUUGCACAUUUUAUAGGAAUUAAUUAAAUUAAUAAAAGCAGUUUUUAAGAGAUGAUAGCAGUACUGAUUGCAGUGUUGGAAGGAUAGCUCUUUAAUGUUCUGUUCAUGUAUACAUACUUUUUUCAAGACUUGCACGUCCUCUCCCAAAUCAUGUAUGUAUCAUGCUGCACCUGAAAGCUAGAACAUACUGCAGUGAUUUUGUCAGAGAAACAACGCUGGAUACACUGUCCUGGGUGCUAGUAGCCCGAGGGCGCUGUGCUUCUGUUGUCACGCUGGCUGGUGCGCACAGCCAUGCUUAGACUUGUGAGAGGGUAUUGAAUGGGAUUGUGCACAUACACACAGGAACACAGCCUCUUUCUCUCUGGUAAUCCACUGUAGACAUCUUUCCAGUCAGUAAUUACAGAGCUAACUAACUUCACAUAAUUCAUCUGAGCCAUAUGUGUGCAGCCCAUUCUUCACCAGCCAUUGUUCAGGUUGGUUUUACCAUCAAUGUAAAAUACCAUCAGGUAUUGCCGUAUAUGUUGGUGUUUCUGCUUCUGGAAAAGCCGGUGAAUUCCUGCCAGUUGAAUCCUUGCCUUAACAGAGUAGAUUUGAAAUGUACUUGGUGCCUUAUUGCUUUUAUGUAAAGGUUACAAUUAUCUCAACGGAAACGUGUGUGUGCGUUUCCCAACUCUGUCAACCAGCUGUGAAAACGUGACGUGCCUUCCAUUUGCACUACCUUAACUGCCAGCAAGGCAGAGCAUCUCCCGGGCCUAUGGGACAUUUGAGCUUUGUUUCUGUGAAUUGCACAUUGUUAUCAGUCUCCCUUUGUAGAAGCACAGCUAGACGAUUGUAUUACCACAUUAGCAAUUUAUUGUCUUAGUCUAGAUCAUGCCAUUUGCCCUUGUCUAUAUUAAAAUGUUGUUUUCUGAAGGGCCAGACAGUAUUGCAGGCGUUGGGGGCCUGUUUUCAUGCAUGGAAGUGCAUCUUGUUUGAACCAGUGGUUCUCGGCCACUUCUACCACAGGCAUUCUUGUUUGUCACUUUAAAGAUGAUUGCUGCUUGUGUCUAGUGGGCAGAGGCCGAAAGAGAUCCUUCUCAGUGUCUUGUGAUGCACAGCACAGCCCCCAAAGAAAACAAUGUCCAUGACGUUCCUGGCCAAACGGAAUUGGAUAGCACUGUGUCAGUAAAACAUUCACAAGAAGCAGGCAGCUGGCAUGUUGUGCUUUAGACGUAGCUCUCUCACCCUUAUUUGACACAAUAGCUUCUGUCUGUAUGCUGCUUUACUGCUUUUGUUUCUGAAUUCUCUUUUAUCCCAGCUAGUUUUCUGUAUUUUAUGGCUUUAAAUCUUCCUUCCUAAAAAUACAGAAGAUCAGUAGCAUGUGUGUAAUGACGGCCCAGUAUUUUUGAAACAUGGAAUUCUGUUUGCUUAGUUUUGAUUGAAAUUAUAUAAAAUAAACAUUUCAGAAAACUA